UUCUCUACAUAUAUUGCAAGAAUGUUAGAUCUAUAAGAAGAACUUGAAAGAAGUUUCUGAAGAGAAAAAGACUCAAAACAGUAAUCAAAAAGGGCAGUUACAUGGUGACAAGUGGUUGAUGUUUCUUUGUGAUUUCUUUCUCAAAUUCUUCUUCUUCGGAUGAAUUCAUUCUUGACAAACCAAAGCGAGAGAUAAGAGAUGCUCUUUUGGCUCUUCUAUAAAGUUAGCUUUAACUCUCAUUGCAUGGCCUCAUCGACUCUUCAGUCUUCUUCACUACGCUUCAGUCGUUGUCACCAUCACUUUUAAAGAAGAUUCACAUCUCUCUUAUGUCUUAUCAGACUAGUCCGACGAAGAUAUCUGGAGAUUUCGCCGAUGACGUCGAAUGGUGUGACGAAAACUGGCCGGAACUUGAGUUCCGGUCACCGGAGGACGAAGCUUGGUACGCCGUUGAGGUUGCGGAGAUGUGCGACGCUCUGUUGAUUAGCUUCAACGGGUUCACUUGUGAUUUCGACGAGUUUUACCCUUCCGACGAUUUCAAGAGCUCAGACGAGAUUCAAGAGUUUGAAGAGAGGUUUCGAGCUUGUUCUGUUCAGAUGCAAGACACUGAGUGUCCCACUGUCACUGAUGGAACCAAGGUCUGCGCCACGUUCCCUUCCGUCACCGGCGAAGUCAAGUUCUACGACGCCAUCGUCGUCACGCAUGAACGUGAAGAGGAAGGGAGCGAAGUGUGUGGGUGCAGUUUCAAAGUCUUCUGGAAGCAAGGUCCUUGGGCUAACCAAGUGACUUCUGCAAAAGUUGGAGACAUUUGUCUUAGAGCAGAGGAUAACAGAAUGAAUCCUAUAGUAGUUUCGUUCUUGAAAGAAGCUAGAAGGAAGCUUACUGGAGAAGCAUGUCUCCAAGGGGAGGAGACAGAGUGGCAAAAGAUAUUGAAGAAGGUCAGUUCUGCUAUUGAGAAGAAAUUAAGCUUGUCUCUUUCAGAGAAUCAUGGUUAAAGGAGUACUAACUAUGUUGUGGUUUUAUUGCGUUUAGAAUAGUAGAGAACUCUAUAGGUAGUUUCUUAUCUAAGAAAAGGAUGAUAAAUCUUGUUUAUGUAAUCAAUCUUUGUUCUGAAACUCUAGUAUAUCUCUGUUGGUUAUAAUUUGUAGUUCAAGUUGCUUUUUUUUU